UGAAAGAUGAAAGAACCCACUAUCAACAGCUCAGCAAGAGUUUCCGAUUUCUUUGGUACCAUUUCACAAAUAGCUUGGUUAUUUGCUCAAUUACCUCAGAUUUGGAAAAACUAUCGUUCAAAAUCAGUAGAUGGUUUAGCAUUACCUUUCUUAUUGAGUUGGUUAUCGGGUGAUUUGACUAAUCUAUUAGGUUGUUUACUCACUGAACAAUUACCAUUUCAAAGAAACUUAGCUAUUUACUUUACUUUAGUGGAUUUGAUUUUAAUCUAUCAAUUCAAAACUUACUCAAGGCCUAUUUUACCUGAUUAUCAACCUUUAGGACACCAUGACUCUAAUUCACUCAGUCGAUCACCAUUCUCUAAUGAAACUGAAACCCCUGAAGAACGUUGGAGAAGACACUUACGUCAAGUCUCAGCUGCUCAACUUGAAUCUCCUGGCGGUCUAGCUAGAGAAUAUACUCGUUCAAUGUCUCGAAAAGGUCGUCCUAGACAAACUUCUUCUCAAAGUAUGGGUGGUGGUGGUGGUGGUGCUAUGGAUGCAUCAUUCCUUUCAACAAAGUCUGAUCAAACGCCGAUCUCAAACGCAGGCCCAGUUUCAGACUCUGGUGGUACUGUAGUCAGGUCUCCUACUCAUGAUCAACGUGGUAGAUCUUUGGCACGUUCUAAUCAUGCUAGACUGGCUCCUCUCAGUACGACUACCAUACUUUGGAAUCCUAAUGAAAACGAACGGUCUGUCUCAAACGGAGGCUUAGUAACCAGUCCACCAAGAAGCCCGCAACCUUCUGUGUUGCCUUCUAUUGCUUUCCUUGGUAUUUUCACUUUUCUUGUCUUCAAUACUGCCAAAUUCUACCCUGCUGGCGAAAAUUUAGGCGGAAUCUCUAGAGCAUGGGAUAACAAAAUUCUUACUUCUGAUCUUAUGAAAUACGAUUCAGGUUCUACAAAAUUUCCUAUUCUUGAUCAAGUACUUAAACGAAGAUCAUUUUCAAAUUCAGAACAACCAGUAAUAGUCAGUUUUGAUUGGCAACGGUUAAUUGGACGUAUAUCAGCUUGGUUAUGUGCAAUACUUUAUCUUACGUCUAGAUUACCGCAAAUUUGGAAAAACUAUUGUAGAAAAUCAGUCGAAGGAUUAUCUAUGACACUUUUCGUCAUGGCAUUUUUAGGAAAUUUAACUUAUGUGAUCAGUGUUUUAACUUCACCACAAGUUUCGAAUCAAGUUGGUUAUCUUGCUGAAUCGUUUCCUUAUUUAAUUGGAUCUGGUGGUACACUUUGUUUUGAUUUUACGAUUUUUGUUCAAAGUCGACUUUAUUCAUCAAAUCGAUUACCUCGAAGAAAAAGAACCAGGAGUAUAAGUAGAAGUAGAAGUAGACGAAGAAGAACUAUUGGAGGAGAUUUAGAUAUCGAAGAACAAACCGGUUUACUUUUACCUGUUUCGCCUCCUUCGAAUCUUUCUUUGUCAACCCCUUCUCGUUCUCGUUCUCGUACUGAACCGACUGAAAUGGAAGGAUCACGUAAACUUACUACACCUAAUCAACUUCAGAUCUCACAACCUGACAAUGAUCUUGAAAGAUCUGUUGUAACUUCUCCAGUUGAAGAACAAGAAAUCUUAAUAUGAACUCAAGUCAUCGAAAUAUUAGAUAUAGAAUCACUUUUGUCUCUUUUCGGAUUUCAUUUUCUCAUUGUACUCUUUAUUAUGAUCAGUUAGGCUCAAUCGAUAGUAAUUUCAUUGAUGUAAAGGUCACUUAAACUUUUUCUUUCUAUUUGAUUUCUUUUGACAAGCUUGUCUUCUUCAUCUCUUUGUAAAAUGGGAUGAUGUUGUUUUAUUUAAUUGUAAUUGAAUUCAUUUCAAAACCUGAAUCAUAUAAAAAGAGUUUGUAUUCUGAAAAGUUUAAUGUUUUG